UGUCGACCGCUCGAGGCUAGUAAACACCUGCCUCUCGUUAGCUAAACUAAUUAACAAAAAUGGAAAACGGAACAUCAAACUACGACAAGAAAACAACAAGACUUCGCCUACAUUAACUAGGAAAUACAUACUUUAACCAUGAGAACUCACAAAAUGGAGCGCGCACUGCGCUUUUACGCACGACUCCAGUGACACUGUGGCGGAGUGCAGAGCGACUUGCAGACCGUCAAAGUAUGAGCGUUUUGCUGCCACUGCUGCAAGAAGAUGAUCCUGCUGUCUGGUCUGAUUUUUAUUCUCUUGGGAAAACCAGGUCGGUGCCUGGAGGAGGAUAGAGAUUUUAUUUUUGAUGGAGAUGUCCGCCACUUCGCCGUGUCCACCAACACCGUUUACGUCGCCACUGACGAGAAGCUGUACCAGCUGAACCACGACCUGACUCUGGUCCAGAGUCUGACCCAGAGAGGAACCUUGAAGGGAGGUAAAGGGGCGGAUAAUCAGCGCUUUUACCGGGUUUCUGAGAGGGAUGAGUGGAACGCAACUUUUAGUGUCAACGUAUUAUUGCCGUUUGAUGACAAUGGCACUCUGAUCACCUGCGGUGUGACCGACAACGGAUGCGGCUACUGCGAGCUGCUGGACCUGUCAGACAUCUCUAAGGUGCUGUACAGUGAACACAUCCUUGUGGGACCCGUGAAGCGCAGCAGCGCGUCCGUCACAUUCCUGGUGGAUGUGAAGAGAUCAAGUCCUGAAACUUAUAUUCUGUCCGCCUUACAGCAAAACAAAUCCACAACGACCAGCUGCACCCUUCGUUCAGAGGCAGUGUAUCUUUAUAAUACAAAUUACAAGCAGACAGGAGGCAUAUUUUCCUUUAUUGCCGACUCCUCUACCCCUCUGUUCAGAACUAAAGGUGUCGCGGAGUUUGUGGACGGAUUUCAGAUCAGUUCAAUCAUCUAUCUUUUCUCCAACGUGCCUCAAGACGCAGAAGGCAGCAAAGUUCGUCUCAUUUGGCUCGAAGGUAAAACGAAGAAGGUCGAGACGAUGAGGUCACUGCGGGGUGCAUCUCUCCAUAUCUCUGAUAGUGGAGAUAAAGACAGCAGACUUCUGGCCUCCUCAGUGGUCCCGGGCGGGCUACCGGUACUCUGGAGCGGCGUGUUCAAUGUGGACGGAGGACAAACCAACACCGAGCUGGUCAUGUUUGACAUCAGUCCGGAUCUCACCCUGAAAACCGAUGAGGAUCCAGAUUUCUGCAACGCUGUUAAUUGUGACAACAGAAACUUUAAGCCAAAGACCCUGAAGCCAAAGAAGGUGCUCCUCAGACAGAACUACAUGACCUCUGUGCUGGCAGUGAGACACAAGAGCUGGAUGGUUUUCUUCGUUGGGACAGGAGAUGGGCAGCUCAUUAAGCUUGCUGUGGACAACAACUAUCACACCACCUGUCCCAGGGUGCUCUACAGGGCCAGCGAUGACCGCAAAGUGUUUCCCAAAAUACAUCUGGAUAAAGUGGAUCAUAAACAUGUUUAUGUGGCAUUUCAAAACCAGAUGAAGCGUGUACCUGUGUCAAAGUGCAGCACAUACAAAACUCUGCAGGAAUGUUGGUCUGCACAGGAUCCACACUGUGUCUGGUGUGGCUCUAACAGUUGCACAUUUGAAGAUGAAUGCCCAGAUUCAGACUGGUUAUCCAUUCCUGAUGAUUACCAGCAGAAAAUGGUUUCCUACAAUGUUGUAAAGGACGGCACUGAGCAGAUCACACUAAACAUCCAGACACACGUGACUGUGGGUCAGAACGCGAGGUCUAAUUUCGCCUGUCAAAUCUCUACAAGUUCCAAUGAGUUUUGUAGCAGGGGAGGCCCUCCCCCACAGUUCCCACAAUGCACCUGCAUCCUCUCAAAUAGUGCGCUUCCUGCUGAAGGCCUGGCUGUCACAGUAAAGAUUAGACUUGGGACGAAUCAGUGGUCGGAACAACUGAAGCUAAUGAAGUGUUCUGACAUCAGAGGACCACCUACCUCUGUCUUGUGUCAGCAGUGUAUCGAUGUCGGAUGUGUCUGGAGCCAAAAUGGCUGUUCCUGGGCAACUGCAGGAGUAAAGAAUUACAGUGUUUGCCAAAUGGUGGAGUCAGGAAUGAACUUUUCUAAGCCAGAGAUCUCCUCCAUCACUCCCAGUGUUGUGUCUUUCUACGGCAGAAACCACGCAGUGUUGUCAGGUCAUAACCUCAGUGACGUGACCAGAGUGAGGAUCCAGGCAGACAUGGACUGCACUCCACAAGAAUCUCCUGUAUGGAACAACACAGGUGUGAGUCUGACGUUCCACAUUCCCAGUACUGAUAGUAAAGGCGUGGUCAAAGUAUGUGUUCUCCUCCCAGAUGGCAGUUGCCAUGGCAACUCUAAAAUCACCUACAGGUCAUUACCAGCCUGCACUGCCAUUACACCAAACAGCAGCUGGAUCAGUGGACAUAGGAAGAUCCAAGUCAUGGGAUCCCUGCUAGAGUUUGUGGAAGGGGUCAUACACAGCCACGCCCCGCAGGAAGUCAGGCUUCCUCAAAACAGAAACUCUCAGAUUCUAACUUAUGACAUACCUGCUGAAAAUACUCAGGGGAUUUCUACCAGCACUGUGUCUCUGAAAGUUGCCAAUGCAACCGUGGACUGCCCCACAAGCAUCACCUACUAUCCAGACCCCGAGUUUACUAGCUUCACAUCAACGCAAGAAGGGGGAACCGUCCGCAUCACCAUACAGAAAAAGGCAGACAAACUGGAGCUGAGCAAAGCAGAGUUGUCAGUAUGCGGCAUCCAGGAGGAAAAAUCUCACAAAUGCUUUGUGGAAUCCAAAAGCAAAAGUAACGAGACUGACUCCUUCAUCUGUGUUAUUAAUAGCACAUUAGACCCCAAGUUUCAGAAGUUGGAGAUUACAUAUGGAGACAAAACAGUACCACUGACUCCAGUAGUGACUGACUCUACAUCACAUAUGUACAUGCUGAUGUUGAUUGUACUACUGCUGAUACCCUGCAUUAUUGUUGCUGUGGUGAUCAUUUACCGAAGCCAGCAGAAGAAGCUAACUACUAAGAUGAACAGGCGCAUGGAAAUCCUGGAGAUGGACAUCAGGAAUGACAUCAGACAAGGUUUUGUGGAUCUGCAGACAGAGAAAGCUGACCUGAUGGAAAACGUCGGGGCGAUUCCUUUCCUUGACUACAAGCACUUUGCCUCCAGAAUAUUUUUUCCUGAGAGUGAAGCUUUGCUGACAUCAUGUAUCAAAGACAUUGGUCAGGACACUGUGAAGGUUCAGCUUGACGAGUGCUGCCAGGCUUUGUCCAGGCUGAUCCAGGACCAGGUCUUCCUAACAUCCAUGGUGCACGCCCUGGAGGAGCAGAAGACUUUCACCAUCAAAGACAAGUGUGCACUGGCAUCUCUACUGACCAUAGCUCUCCACAGCAACUUGUCGUACCUGACAGAGGUGAUGGAGGUUCUGCUGAAGGCUCUGAUGCAGCAGAGGAGCAAUGCUCAGCCCAAAUUGCUGCUGCGACGCACCGAGUCCACAGUGGAGAAGCUGCUGACCAACUGGAUGUCCAUCUGCCUCUACGGCUUCCUCCGGGAGAGUGUUGGCCAGCACCUGUUCCUGAUGGUGAGCGCCCUCACGCAGCAGAUUGCCAAAGGACCAGUGGACUGUGUGACAGAGAAGGCUCUGUACACACUCAGCGAGGACUGGCUGCUGUGGCAGGCUCAGGCCUUCAGCUCCCUGAAACUUAAGGUGCUAUUUGCAGUGGGAAGCGACGGUGAAGUCAGCGAACCUCUGGAGGUCGACGCCCUCGACUGUGACACAGUAGAGCAGGUCAAAGAAAAAAUCCUGUCUACCUUCAAAGCCAAGUUUGGUUUCCCUUACAACACCUCCGUCAGAGAUGUUCGUAUCGAGUUUGAGAAGGACCAAUCGUUUGUUCCUCUUGAGGAAGUGGAUGCUAGCUCAGAGGUUAUCGGGGAGGUGACAAUGCUCAACACACUCAAGCACUAUGAGGUGUCUGACGGAGCCACGAUCAAAGUGCUUUCUAAAAAGACUCAUCCUCCUCUCAGCCCACAGGGGAGUCUGAAGGAUGAUGAGAACUUCUCUGGAAAAUACUUCCACUUGAUUGAUCCUGAUGUAGACGAGAACCACAGAAAGAACCAAGAGAAGAAGAAGUUCAAAGUGAAAGAAGUGUACCUCACCAAGCUGCUCUCCACAAAGGUGGCAGUGCAUUCUUUUGUGGAGAACCUGUUCAGGUCUAUCUGGGGGAUGCCUCAAGGCAGAGCUCCGCAUGCUGUCAAAUACUUCUUCGACUUCCUGGACACUCAGGCAGACAACAUGAAGAUCACAGAUCCAGAUGUAAUGCACAUCUGGAGGACCAACAGUUUGCCUCUGCGCUUCUGGGUCAACAUCCUGAAAAACCCUCAGUUUGUUUUUGACAUGGAGAAGGCUCCACAUUUGGACGGCUGCCUGUCCGUCAUCGCUCAGGCCUUCAUGGACUCCUUCUCCCUCAGUGAGACCCAGCUGGGGAAGAACGCACCAACCAACAAGCUCCUGUAUGCCAAAGACAUUCCCAAGUACAAGCAGGAAGUGAAGGCUUACUACAAGCAGAUCAGAGACCAGCCGCCAAUCACCGGCAGAGAAUUCAAGAUCUUCCUGCAGGAGGAGUCAAAGAAACAUGAAAAUGAAUUCAAUGAACCUGCAGCCCUCAGAGAACUCUUCAAAUUCAUACAGAGAUACUUCACAGAGAUCACAGAGAAGUUGAACCAGAACGGCGCCCCCUCUGAGCUGACAGAGCAACUACAUCAUGUCAAAAGUUUGUUUGAUGGACUGAAGAGCUGCUCCUGGAGCUGAGCUGCCCGUCCUUCCACUUAUAAAUGAACUAUAAAAGAAGUGGUGACAGGGGAGCACAUAUGAAGCGGUGGAGAAAGGACUGAGGAGAGAGCUUGGCCUUUAAAUAAAAGUAUCAGCCAGCAUGUUCCCUCUCUCUGCGAUUAAGACGGAGGUAAUGGUACCAAUCAAUACUCACCACUGACAGGAGCUGCAAACCAUGCCCAUAAUCAUUUCAUCAGUCACUGGAGAGCUUUGUUUCUUCUGAGGUGAAACGUCUGUAGAAAACUUUGAAUUCAGGGAACUUUCUGGCAUUCAAAUAGUUAACUUCACUUCGAAAAUAACGAAGUGAUGCACUGUAUGUGCAUGAAUGUGACACAUCUGCUCGCUCGUCUUGUGUCUGAUGGACUUAACUUAGUUCUACACUGCAGCUGUGCGGUGAAAAUCAACCACUUCAUUAUUUUAGCGUGUGUGAGAAAUUCAGCUUUUGUUUAGUCAAAACCAC